CCGCGCGCGUCAUAUGUCGACGAAUUUUGAAAUGAAUGUUGCGCUAUUCGAUAUCCACAAUUUUUGAAAAAUCGUGACCAUGGAAGAAGGACUGAUCGUUUUUUGUCUGACAUUUUUCUGUUGCGGACUUCUCGAUAUCUCGUUGGGUGGGGCAUCUUUCAAUAAACCGCAAAUACUCGUGAAUGGAAGCCAAGAGAUAUUAGAGGUCAACAGCAACCACUCAAUUUUUUGUCAGGGCAAUAAACCAGUUCAAUGGAAACUUCCAGAAAUAACGGAGAGAUAUUCUGUAUGGACCACGUUCAAAAUGGAGGAAACAAAACCAACGAGUCCGUAUUUCCAAUAUGGAAAUCGCCUCUACAUAACCAAUAUGACGUAUCCAUUUGUUGGUUUUUAUUAUUGCCAGUACAAGAAUGCCAAAGAGCCUGAAGAAAGUUCUAGAAUUUACAUCGAUGUUGAAGAAGAAGAAACUUUCGAGAAACCUCAGAUACUGCUUGUGAAUGGAACUGAGAAGGUACUGGAAAUCAACGGCAAUGACUCGUUUCUUUGUCAGGGAAAUCGACCAGUUCAUUGGAAACAUCCCAAAAUAGAGGAAAGAUACGCUACAUGGACAACGAUCAAAAUUGAAGAAGUCAAACCGACCAAUCUGCAUGGUCGUUAUGGAAGUCGACUCUACGUCACCAACAUGACUUUUCCGUUUGUUGGCUUUUAUUACUGCCUGUAUGAAAACGUUGAGGACAUUGAAAGAGGUUCCAGGAUUUAUUUAUAUGUUGAUGAUCCUGAGAAUCUAUCAGUAACAGCAGACAUCGAUGACCUGGAUAAUGGUACAGUAGAUAUCAUAUAUGGAAGACAGUACGAAACUGUUAUAUUACCUUGCAGACCUACAUCUCCAUAUGUCGAUGUAACAUUAAAGGAAGUUGGCGAAAACGGGCAGGUUCCACAGGACGUCCUCUUGAGAGAUGAAACCGUUGUUCAUUUCAACAGGUUCUUUGGAUUUAUAACCAACAAGACUGCCGAAAUUAGUCAGAAAUUGUAUCUUUGCAGUUUCAUCAGGGAUUCGAACACUAAAACUAAAGGGGUCCAAAUUAUUUCGGAAAAGAGCAAAUCCUCGAUAGCUACCCCAUUCAUAAAAGAUAAUAAUAAUGGACAUACGACAGUUGGAAAAAAUCUUAGCUUGACAUGCAGCGUAUACUCAGAAAUAACAAUCGAUUUUCAAUGGAGAGGACCACAUGGACCAAUAGAUCCACAGUUGUUUGUUAAUUCCGAUGAAAAAGAAUAUACGUCGACGUUGCAAAUUGACAAAACUGAACUUGAUGAUAGAGGUGUUUAUACUUGUUACGUAUCUGAUCACCAACAUCAUACCUCGAAUUCCAGCAUAGAAAUCAAGAUUUUUGGCUUGGAAGAACACAACCUAACCAUGGCAGAAAUGAAUAACAAGUAUUACAUCGAAACAUACGCGGGCAAAGAAGAUGUAAAAUUUACUGUCUUCAUUUGGGGUCAUCCGCAUCUCCAUUACACGUGGUCGAAUAAUCGGAAUAUGACAAUAUCCAAUAAGAAGUCAGGAGGAAAAUAUGACAUUGAAUUUAAGCACAAUUACCUUACACUCACUAUCAACUAUAUCAACAUUACCGACCUGGGACACUAUACACUAACUGGAACGAAUUCGUAUGAUAAAAAUACUCUGGACUUUUUCUUGAACGUAACAGAUAAACCAAGUGUCACAAUGGAAACAGAACCUUUUCACAUGCUUGGAAAACCUGGAAAAGUGAACUGUACAGCUUCUGCACACCCAGCACCAAUUUUCCAGUGGGGUUACAAGUCUUGCUUAAGGGACGAUUGCAUCUUACAACAAAUUGAGAGUACCAUUAUCGAGGAAUGGGAUGUGGUGUUCGUAUCGCAAGUCGAGCUCAAUACUUCAGAGCCAGUGGGUUUGUUGAAAUGCAUCGCUAAAAAUUUCAUUGGUUCUGAUGAAAGCACAAUCCAGUAUAUUGUAUCAGAUUUUGAAAAUGGUUUCAGCAUGACAGGAUUCGAUGAAUCAGUCGUAUUUGACGAAAGUGGAAGAUAUGCGUCUUUUGCUAUAGGACACCCAGUGAAAGUGAAAUGCGGUGCAUCUAAACAAAAAUACAAGAAUAUAGUAUGGUUAUUGAAUGGCUCACCACUGAAAGCAGAUGACAGAUUUAAAAUCACACAAAGCAUGACCGACUACUCGUACAUAUCGUACUUAGAAAUUGAAGAGGUUAAGUAUGAGGAUACUGGAAAUUACAGCUGUAGAGUAGAAGAAGUGAAAUCCAGUAAUGGUAGAUCGUCCUUCAGAAAGAAAACAAUGAGAUUUUUCAUGGAAUAUCCUACAAAACCGAAAAUUACUGGAUCAGAUAAGAAAGAAACUAUUGAAAGGAACUAUCCACAGGAGGCAGAGUUGUUCUGUGAAGUUUAUGGGAUACCAAAACCAAAAAUAAUAUGGUAUAAGGGUGGAUCAGAGUUUGAUCCAGAUGGAUCAAGAAUCUUAUUGAAAAAUGGAAAUCAAGUACUCAGAUUCAACCAAACCAGUGAGCAAGACGAAGCAAGUUACGAGUGCAGUGCUCAGAACGAACAAGGCAAAGUCUCUAAAACUUGGCAUCUCAAAAUUAAAAAUAAGGGAGGAUCAUCUUUAUGGUAUUUCGUGAUCAUCGUAGUCCUUUUUAUUAUAUGCUUAGUGACGGUUAGUUGUAUCGUCGUCAAAGUAAGGAAAGAAAAGCGACUCCAGAGAGAAUUGAAACUCCUCGGCUUGGCAAACUUCGAAAAGGGAGCCGUUGAAAACAUAAAUCCAGAACUUGGGCUAGACGAUCAAGCAGAAUUGUUACCAUAUGACAAGAAAUGGGAAUUCCCCAUUGAACAGCUCAAGCUUGGUAAGCAGUUGGGGUCUGGUGCUUUCGGUGUUGUCAUGAAGGGAGAAGCCAAACACAUCGUGGACGGUGAACCCCUGACCACUGUUGCAGUGAAAAUGGUGAAGAAGAAUGCCGACCACAUCUACAUCAAAGCUCUGGCAUCCGAACUGAAGAUUAUGGUCCAUUUGGGACAGCAUUUGAAUGUUGUGAAUCUUCUGGGAGCUUGCACGAAAAAUGUUGUGAAAAAGGAACUGUUGGUUAUUGUGGAGUAUUGUCGAUAUGGUAACUUGCAAAAUUAUUUGCUGCGACACAGAGACAAUUUCGUUCACCAGGUGGAUCCGAAAAAUGGCAAACUGAACUACAGCCUUGGUCAAGAUAUUCUGGAUCGGACUUAUUCAGUAUCUAGUAACAGAAGUGAGAUCCAAUCACCACUUCUCAAAUAUGCUGCUCUUGCUUUUUCCAACAAAGGCAAUGGUCCCAUAUUGCCUCCUUCUUCUAGUAUGGGUGAUUAUCGAGCCAAACAGAAUAGCGGAGGAUCUGAUACCACUGAUAUGACCGCUGUUUCUCAAAGUAACGAGAUUGUUUUGAGUAACAACAGUAUUCAACCAGAAUGGAGGUCAAAUUACAAAGGGGACUAUAGGGGCAAUGUCAAACCAAUCAGUACCAAAGAUCUCGUUGCUUGGUCUUUCCAAGUGGCAAGAGGAAUGGAUUAUCUGUCUUCUAGAAAGGUCCUGCAUGGUGAUUUAGCUGCCAGAAAUAUUCUGUUAUCAGAUGACAAUAUUGUCAAGAUAUGCGAUUUUGGUUUGGCCAAGACCAUGUACAAAAAUGACAAUUACAAAAAGCGGAGUGACUGCCCUCUACCAGUGAAGUGGAUGGCCAUCGAAUCUAUCAGAGACAGGAUUUUCUCUACCCAGUCGGACGCUUGGUCCUUCGGUAUCGUCCUCUGGGAAUUGUUUUCCCUAGCAAGGACUCCAUACCCUGGAAUGGAGGCAGACGAGAGGCUCUAUCACAAGCUGGUAGAUGGUUACAGGAUGGAGGCUCCGGAGUAUGCUCCAAAAGAAAUCUAUGACCUGAUGACUGAUUGUUGGAAAUCCCAGCCUUUGGAAAGGCCUUCCUUCUCAAAGUUGACCGAGCGCUUGGGAAAUUUACUGGAGGAUACAAUAAAAAAGUAUUAUAUCGAUCUGAACGACCCCUAUUUGGCCAUGAACACGAAGCUGAUCGAGGAUGGCAAAAGCGAUUAUCUUGCCAUGGUUAGCCCCCCAACAUUUGAGGCUCUGUCCAGUCCACACCAACUACACGAUUCGUCUGAUGAUGGAUACAUGAGCAUGAACCCCGGGGGAAUAUUCAGUCCCAGAGUCACAGAAGGUGAGAUAUUCGACUUCAACAUCCCGAACAGGAAACCCCUCUCAUCCGAAGGCGGCACUGGACACGAGCUGCUCCCAAUGCUGCACGUCCUCAGCGAGUCCGACAGCGAGACACCCCUUGCCACUCCUAAUCAGUCGCCCAACCCCAAUGGGGUGUCCAACCCCAGUUACCAGCUGCCUCCCUCCAUAACGCAGGAGAAGACGGCAUCAAGCGGGGAAAUAGUGAAAAGUGCUGAUAAUUACGUGAAUAUGCCGCAGAACAAGAGCAUGUUGAGAGAUAAAGCUAACGUGGAUGAGAAAAAGGAUAAGGUCGUGGAACACAACUAUGUGAACGGUGAUAUCAGGGAUUGGGAAAGUGUUAAUGCGGUGUGAGUGUGAAGAGAUAAUCACGGGAAGGAUUCAAAACCUACUUUACCUAAAGUAAGAAGUGUAUACUUUUACCAUUACAGUGUUGGCUCUUGAAGAGAAGAAAAUGAACAGGUAUCAGUAGUUGUUCAUCCAUUCGCAGAAACAAAAGUUGUUACCGACAGUCCAUGAAUAAUUGAUUGUGUGGUUUGGUCACCUAAUUAUAGUUAACACCUGGAAUGACUGCUAAUGAUAUCUAAAAAUUGGUCCACGAACUUUAAGCUCAUUUGCUUGAUUGCCCUCUCUUGCUGCACAUCACUGAGGUUAUUGCAAUUUUCAAGAUAGACAUCUGAAAUUGGAUUUUACAAUGGGUUGAGAAAUAUACUUAGAUUCACGAUUUGCGUUUGUCGUAUUUGGCUCGAAUAUCGAUGACUUUAUCCUGUUAAUGUAAACAUUCCAUUGCUUUAUGUAGUUCUCACUCAAAAAAUUUUAUUUGCUAGCAGAAAUAAAGUUUAAUUAGAAUCAAUUAUUCAUGGCCUUUUCUACAGUGAUAACAAUGAUUACAGCAUAUCGAAAAGAGAAUUUUUUGAUAUGACUUGGCCAUUACUUGAUGGAAAUCUAUAGCAAAUGAAAAAACUUUACAAACGAUGAGAUUUCCAAUAUAACUCAUUUCACCUUGAUGCUGCUAGUUCUACACUCGGACAAAAUGGAUUCACUCAUGCAGCCUUAUUUGAGUUCAAUAAACUACCAGAUGAAAUUGAAAACUGCAGAAAUAAAGGUACCUACAUCUAAAAAGAGAAUGAAAAAACUGAUCAUUUCGGAGAGAAAUAUUUGAAAUUUAUCUGUAAGUUAUGUCAUUGACUAGAAUGCUUCUGUAUGUUCAUUGAUCGUUUUGUGUUACUGUGAUUUAUUGUGAUAUCCUGAUUUAUUAUUCAUGUUAACUUCUGCUCAUGUUUGUGUAGUAGUUCAUAGAUAUUAUUUUUUACUUAUUAUUUUAUAAUUAUGUUCUUCCUCAUACCAGAACUUGUUCUGACUGGGAGAUAUAUAUGUGAUAAAAAAAUAAAUAAAAAUAAUUCUUAAUACAUGACAUGUUUCGCUAACACAAUAGCUUCAUGAGGUGAAUAUACUGGUACAAUAAGAUAAACUAACGUUGGCUUGCUCAACUUUCAUAUAUCCGACUUUCCCAACCUGGAGGAUAUGUGGAAAGGUUCGAUAAACCGUCAUUUUCGGAAAAUAGGCACAAUAAAAUUAAAAAAACACAUGAUUUCAUCACGAAAUGGAUAUAAUUGAUACUUUGCCAUCUACUGAUUAGUCCCUGUGGCUAUUUUUAUGACUUGAUCGAUUUAGCAUUUUUAGAUUUUUUAGAUUUUUAUUGUUGUUGUUGUCACCUUAUAUUAUUUUAUUAUUGUUGUUUGUAAUCAACUUCCUCAUACCAGAAUUUUAUUUCUGACUGGAAGCUAGUUUUUCAAUAAACAAUAAUAUAUCUAGAUUAAAAUACGGUGUAAUGGUUUAACUUCAAAGAGUUGAUAGUAAAUACAUAUAUAUAUAUAUAUAUAUAUAAAUAUAUAUCAUCACCUACUGAGAAAACAAUUUCAACAGUGGUGAUCUAUCAAGGUCUAGUUGAUCGUUAAGUAAAAUGUAAAUUUUUUUUAGUUUGUUGAUUUCUACUGAUCCACAAUGAUAGGGUUUUCUACGUGUAGAAUUUCGAAAUAAUCAUCAAAACUAUGGGUUUUUUUUCAAUAAAUGGUUGACGUGGGCAAGAUCCAAAGUUGAGUUUGUAUAUCCCUGAUUUUUCGGAUCUAGAAGAUUUUUCUUUAUUAUUUUCAUUAUUUUUUAUGAACCUUCGCAACGUGUUGGGAAUACGUUGGAAAGGUUUAUCGAAAAUAAUGAAGACAAAAUAAAUAAAUAAAAUAGAGAUAAAACUUCUGAAUUCGAAAAAUCAGGGGUAUACAAACUCAAGUGUGGAUCUUGCCCUAUGGUAUCUAUCUGUCAGACAGGUCGAACGUUUAAUCAGCGCAUUCAAGAAUAUGAGAUGAAUUUUUUGAAAAAGAAAACAAUUUCAACAUACGCUAACCAUAUAACUAUUAAAAGAAAACCAUAGUUUUGAUGAUAAGUUCGAAAUUUCACACGUAGAAAAUAAAGGAAAAAAACAUUUUGAAUCAUUAGAAAUCAACAAACUCAAAAAUUCUAACAUUUUACUUGACGAUCAACUAGACCACAAUAGUUCACCAUUGUUGAAUUUGUUUUCUUAGUAGGUUAUAAUAUGUGUUUCCUAUCCAUCAUUCUAAGUUAAUCCGUUACUUCAUAUUAUAAUCCUUCAAGUUGGGAAAGUAGGAUAUAUAUAAAAUAAGGCAAGCCAAGGUUUAUUUAAUUCAUUGUACCAGUAUUCCACCUGAUGAAACUACUGUGUUAGAGGAACAUGUCGUGAUAUUGAGAAUUUUCUAUGAAUAUCAUCGUUUGUGAAGUUUUUACAUUUACGUAUGAAUUCUCGCCACCUUCGUUCAGCCUAUAUUUGAUGGGUUUUUAUAUAAUGUUUGUUUUCAUCAGAAGGGCAUAUUGUAUAUUUCCACCAGAAUGAGGAGGUUCCCCUGAUGAUGGAAGAAAUGUAAGAUAUAAAAGAAGACUUGAUACUAUAGUAAUGAUUCGUCGUAUAAGUUCAUCACAUUCCAUUUUAUUUUUUAUUUUGUUAUUCUGCUUAGAUCUCCUAGUCAAACUCUUAUCAAAAAGUUUUUUGGAAUUUGCCUACCUUAUGAUUUUUCCACCAACACUCAGAGAUUUUUGAUAAAAUAAUAAGUGACUAUUAGAGAUACUUUUUUAAAAUACUUAUUUCUAUACUUAAAUGAUCAAAUUGUGACUGUGAAUUGCUUGUGGUUAUUCUCACGAAUGUUGAAUAAGAAUGUGCCAAAGAACACGUACGUGAAUGAAGUAAAAUUAUGCGAAAUGUAUAUGAAUAUACAAAUUAAUAUUUUGUAGGACGAAAAGAAUAAAGUACUUACAUGUACCUUAGUUAUGUAAGUUCAACUAAAUUUCAAAUAUUUGAAUAUACCGAAUGCCAUACUUCUCAUAGAGAAUCAAAAAAUAAUGUACAAAUCAUAGACAUUUAUAUGUUUUUGAAUAAAGUAUUGAGAAUUAUUUGCUUCCAUGUACUCAC